AUGACAGUUGUUGUAUUUGAACUGGACGCUUUCGAUGCACUUCGUUGGCUGGUUUUCGCAACAGCUGCAGUGUCACUGAAAUUCUGCUGGUACUCAGUGGACAUCAACGGACGUAAUAGUGCACCACUCCGCGAACACCUUGCGGAAGAACGCCGCUGUCGAAAACAACGCGGCUGUGAUGAGGGUUGGAGGGCUGGCGGUAACGCCGUCGCGUCUUCGCUUGGAUGGCCCUCGACUGAUGAGGGCCGAUCCGGCCGGCGCGAAUAUUUCAAACGCGACAACGACGACGACGACGACGACGGUGACGAUGACCUUGAGCACUACUUGCUGGCUGUUGCUUGGUAA